AUGAACGAAUCCAAUAUUCCAGUAUUCUUGCUUGAUUGCGGGCUUUGCAGCAAGAGUAAUGCUAGGCUUGUUGUGCACGAACUUUAUUGGGUAUCAUUAGAUGUUGACAUAUUGAGAACAAGUCUAGAGAUCUCAAACUUAUCUUCUGGAAAACAAAAUGUUCCCUUCCUGACCGAACUUUCCUUAGAAUUCUUUGAUUAUGCUGCUCAAAGACCUCCUGAAGUUCUACAAAGUAGUGAGGCUUGUGAGAUUUGUGGAGAAGAAAAGGAGGAUGUGAACAAGGUGGAGAGGGCUCUUCUACCAGCAGAUGUUUCUUUCUCCCAUGGCUCUACAGCUGAGAAAGAAGACAAGCUAGUCUUCAAAAAUCUGCCUAAUCACUACAACACAGCAAGAAAAAGUUCUAAUAAAGAAGAAGAAAUGGAAACAGAAUCAAACUUGAGCAGCAACCAAAACAAAGAAAAUGAAGGAACCUCUGAUCAUGUCAUUAGCAUCCCAGAGGAAGACAAGAAAUGGUUAGCUUCAUUGGAAGAAAAGAUCAAAGCAAUGCCAAAAUUGCUGAACGAAUCAGCUGCACAAAGACCUGAUGAAGUCACCACUAGGUACAGCAACAGCCAGGGGAGACAUUUACUAGAUUUGUUUCGCUUGACUCUCGUCUCUUCACCCCAAGCAGUGCAUAGAAAUUUUAGUCCAUUUAUUCUAUUGAUCCAACCUGCCAAGAAGCUCCAUCUUGUUGGAAUUCAGUUCAGGCCUAGACUGGCUGACAGCUUCUUGGAUGUUAAAUACAGCAACGGAGUCCUUGAAAUCCCAACUUUAACAUUAGAUGAUUUCUCUAGCUCUCUUCUACUCAAUUGUGUUGCGUUUGAAGGAUGCUAUAAUCAUUGCUCAAAGGACAUCACUUGUUACGUUACCUUCAUGGGCUGCCUCGUCGAGACACCUACCGAUGCCGAGCUUUUAAGGGAUCGCAACGUUAUUGAGAAUUACUUGGGAACUGAGGAGGAAGUUGCUCAAUUCUUCCGUAAUAUCAGCAAGGAUGUUGCUUUUGAUAUCGAGAGGAGCUACCUAUCAGAUGUCUUUGAAGAUGUUAAUGAGUAUUAUAGGCAUAAUUGGCAUGUUCAAUGGGCAGGGUUUAAGAAAGCUUAUUUUGAGACUUCUUGGCCACUCCUGUCUGCGUUAGCUGCCAUCAUCCUUCUCAUCCUCACCCUGAUUCAAGCCUUCUUUCCUGUCUUUGGAUAUUUCCGUCCCCCUCAAUAA